CGCUGCUAAAGAAGUGGAAGUUGCGUGCGGUGCCAAUAAUCAUUGACGACGUUGGUAAAAGCUCUGGCAUUGAUCUGGUCGAAUUAAUGGGCGGUCAUACUAUUCACUUGAUCGAAAUAACAAGAGAACAUUAAACGAAAUAUACAUACAUACAUAUUUCUUACCAAACUGCUGUGUUAUAAAGAAAAAAAAUAACCAUGUCUGGCGCAGCACGUAAUUCAUAUAAACUAUUUGUCGGUAAUCUGCCAUGGACCGUUAGUCAAAAGGAACUGCAGUCCUACUUUUCAAACUUUGGACACGUUGCCAACGCUGCUAUAGUUUUUGACAAGCAAUUGGGUUUCUCAAAAGGUUACGGAUUUGUAUCAUUCAGCAGUCGCGAUGGCUUCAAUAGUGCGUCUAAUAAAAAUACCCAUUUCAUCGAAGGAAGGGUACUUAACGUGCAGCCAGCCAACUCUUAACCCAUCUUAAAAUAAUUGGGAUAGAUAAUCAGAGUAUACAAGCAGCUUUGAAUAUUAAUUAAGAAAACCAUAUAUUUACAUCU